AUGAAGACAGCAUCUCUCGUCCUCCUCCUCCUCCAUCUAAUCGCCGCCAUCGUGGCGGCGCCGUCCUCAGCCCUCCCUCUCCAGCUUCUAGCGCUAAUCUCCCUCAAGAGCUCUCUGCAAGACCCGUUCUCCAAUCUCCGCGACUGGAAUUACAGGCCAGUCGGCUCCAGCAAGCCGGACCCGAGGCCGCCACCGUGGUGCUCCUGGAGCGGGGUCACCUGCGACGCCUCUAGCGGCGACAUAUCCUCCCUCGACCUCUCUCGCAAGAACCUGGCGGGUUCCAUAGGCCCCGAAAUCCGGCUGCUGUACCGAAGCCUUACACGCCUGAACAUCAGCGGCAACUCCUUUGAAGGACCCUUCCCAGCGGCCAUCUUCGACCUCCGGAACCUCGAGAAGCUCGACAUCAGCCACAAUAACUUCAGCUCCAGCGUCCCCCCGGGAAUCUCCAGACUCCGCUGCCUCCUUGUCCUCGACGCCUACAGCAACAGCUUCACCGGGCCAGUGCCCCAAGGCCUGGCGACGCUCCGGCGGCUGGAGUAUCUCAACCUCGGCGGCAGCUUCUUCGAGGGAACCGUACCGGCGGGUCUCGCCGGCUUGCAGGGGCUGCGGUAUCUACAUCUCGCCGGCAAUCUGCUCAACGGGACCUUGCCCCGCGAACUGGGGAACCUCUCUCGGCUGGAGCACAUGGAGAUUGGGUACAACCAGUUCCACGGCGGCGUCCCGCCUGAGUUCGGAAGGUUAUCCAGCCUCCACUACCUCGACGUCUCCUCUGCAAAACUUUCCUCUCCGCUGCCGCCGGAGCUGGGGAAUCUUACUCGCCUAGAAUCUCUGUUCCUCUUCAAGAACAGCAUCACGGGCACGAUUCCAAGCUCCUUCUCCGAGCUCAGAUCACUGAAGGUGCUGGAUCUGUCGGAAAACCGGCUCUCGGGGCCCAUCCCGUGGGGCAUUUCCUCCCUGUCCAACCUCACCCUCCUGAGCCUCAUGAGCAACGAGCUCUCCGGCGAGGUGCCUGCCGGAAUCGGCGACCUCCCCAACCUGGAGGACCUGCUACUGUGGAACAACUCUCUCACGGGUGGUCUCCCUCAGAAGCUGGGCAGCAACGGGAAGCUGCAGAGGCUGGACGUGUCCUCCAACUCGCUCACCGGCCGGGUUCCUCCUGGUCUCUGCAACGGCAACAGGCUCACCCGACUCAUUCUCUUCUCCAACCGGUUCGACUCGGUCCUCCCCGCCGGACUCGCCGGCUGCACCUCGCUGUGGAGGCUCCGGAUCGAGGGGAACCGGUUCACCGGCCCGAUUCCACCCGGGUUCGGCCUCCUCCCGAACCUCACUUACAUGGACCUCAGCGGCAACAACUUCUCCGGUGGGCUCCCGGCGGACCUUGGCAGCGCCGCCAGGCUGGAGCUGCUCAACGUCUCUGGAAAUCCGCUCGGCGGCCUCCUUCCCGCGGCCAUCUGGCGGGCGCCGAGCUUGCAAGUGUUCUCGGCGAGCCUGUGCAGGCUCACCGGCGAGAUCCCGGCCUUUGAAUUCGGCUGCAGAAGCCUGUACAAGCUGGAGAUGGAAGGGAAUAGCCUCACCGGGAGCAUCCCGUGGGACGUGGGGAACUGCCAGAGGCUUAUCAGCGUGAAGCUCUGCAAGAAUCAGCUCUCAGGGAUCAUUCCGUGGGAGCUGGCGGCGCUUCCCUCGAUCACCGACGUCGACCUGGCCGAGAACUCUCUCGGCGGCUCCAUACCUUCCAGUUUUGGCAAUUGCACCACCCUCGAGAACUUCAACGUCUCCUUCAAUCGUCUCACCGGGGUCAUCCCCUCCUCCAUCGUCUUCAACAACCUCCAGUUGUCCUCCUUCUACGGCAACGCCGGGCUCUGUGGCGGCCUCAUCCGCAGACCCUGCUCGCCCAAAUCUGAAGAAGAAGAUGACGGGUCCAGAGGGAAUCCGGCUUCUCCAGAGAAGAGGCCCUCUGGGGCGGCGAUCGUGUGGAUAAGUGCGGCGGCGUUCGGCGUCGGCCUGCUGGUCCUGCUCGCCGGCACCCGCUGCUUCCACGGGCGGUUAGGAGGGGAGGACUCCUCUGUCGGAGACGACGGGCCGGGGCCAUGGAAGCUGACGACAUUUCAGAGACUGAAUUUCAAGGCCGAGGACGUGGCGGAGUGCAUAUCCACGGGGGGAAACAUUAUCGGUAUGGGGUCGACGGGGACGGUGUACAAAGCGAAGAUGCCCUCCGGCGAGGUCGUCGCCGUCAAGAAGCUGUGGGGGAAGCAGAAAGAGGCGAAUCUGAUGAUGCCCUCCAUCGUUCGCCGGAGGGGAGGGGUGUUAGCAGAGGUGGAGGUCCUCGGCUCCGUCCGGCACCGGAACAUCGUCCGCCUGCUCGGCUGCUGCAGCAACCGCGAGACCACUCUGCUGCUCUACGAGUACAUGCCCAACGGCAGCCUCGAGGACGUGCUUCACCGGAGGAAGAACGGCAGCGGCGGCGGCGGAAAGGGAGAGCAGGAUCUCCCCGCGGCGGCGGCGGCCGACUGGGCGACGCGGUACAAGAUCGCCAUGGGAGUGGGGCAAGGAAUCUGCUACCUCCACCACGACUGCGACCCGGUGAUCGUUCACCGCGACCUCAAGCCUAGCAACAUCCUCCUCGACGCCGAGAUGGAGGCGAGGGUGGCGGACUUCGGCGUCGCCAAGCUCAUCCACUCUGGUCAAGAAUCCAUGUCCGUCAUUGCCGGCUCCUACGGCUACAUCGCCCCCGGUGAGUCAACUCAACCCUCCUCCCCUGCUCAUCGUCCCUUGCUGGUCACCCCUAACAAUCGGGGCCAUCGUAUUCUCUGCCACAGAGUACGCCUACACGCUGCAGGUGGACGAGAAGAGCGACAUCUACAGCUACGGCGUGCUGUUGCUGGAGCUGCUGACCGGCAGGAGAUCGGUCGACCCGGAGUUCGGCGAGGGGAACAGCAUCGUCGACUGGGUCACCACGAAGGUGGCGGCGGCGGCCUCGAGCAAGGAGCGGCGGUGGGCGGCGUGGGAGGUCCUGGACAUGGCCGCCGGCGCCGGGAACCCCACGGUUAGGGAAGAGAUGAUGCUAGUCCUGAGGGUGGCGCUGCUCUGCACCAGUCGGGACCCCGGAGACCGGCCCUCGAUGAGGGACGUCGUCUCCAUGCUCCGAGCGGCCAAGCCGGAAAGGAAGCUGGUGGUGCACGACGGGGUGGACUCCUAG